AUGUUCGCCCUUUCCGAGGAGUCCAAGGAGCGCAUUAGCAGGAUCAUCGAGAUCUCGCGUGUUGCGAUUCACUAUGGCUACCUGCCUCUGAUCCUCUAUCUUGGCUACACUCGCAGCGAUCCCAGGCCAUCUAUUAUCCGCCUCCUCUCUCCGCUCUCCUAA